AAUUCCAAUUGCAGAUGCACAUGACACUCCAGCUUUAAACAAGGGACGAAAGCAAAACCACAUGGCAACAGUGGAGAGCAUCAUCUACUUUCAAUCUGAGAGAGAGAGAGAAAGGGAGCAGAGGGGGAGUUCACGCGCACUCACACUGUAUUGACUUGAGAGAGUCGACACAGCAGUCAGAGCUGAACUGCGCUCACUGUCUGCUCGCACCUGUCUUCAGUUCACUUACCCCCUCACACAGUGAGGAAACGAGGCUUAAGAGAAAGAAACAGAAGAGCAACUAAAGGUGUUAAGGCUGAAAAGGCAGAAACAAAUCGAGAGAUACGACGUCUCCAGUCCGCACAUCCCCAAAGACCUGCAGAACAAAGAAAUGUAUGCAGAUUUGGAACAACCUGAAUAGAUGGGCUGUAAGUUAUCGAAGCCCCGUGGUUCAGAUGAAGCUCCGGGGAAGAUCUUCUCCACCCUCAGACGAGCCCAAGUGGAGACACAGUGUGGAGUGGCCUACACAUACCAUUACCUAGACUUCCUGUUAGGAAAAGAAGAAGUUGCAGUGUCUUCACUGCUGUGUCUGUCGUCAGUGAGAGAGCUUCCGGUGCAGGUGUGCGAGUUAUAUCAGAAGGGAUUCGUACUGGCUGCUGUCCAUCCAUUCGUUCACUCUGGCGGCCCUGCCAGCGCUAACCUGCAGAAACAGUUACACCGAGCUGUGCUCAUCAGAGAAACACACAAUAGUUCCGACAGCAGUUUGCUUAACUGUGUUGGACCUCAUCUCGCGACAGACGUGUGUUACAUAGGUCACCAGGAACCCGACCCAGAAGUUAUACAGGGCUAUGUGAAAAAGGUGCAGGAUUUGGCUGAUCAGGGUGAUCUCUUUGUGGGAUUUUUGCCACAACCUGGUGGGGGUCCGUAUUUCCUUGGUCACUUAGAGACAGAUGAGCUUUCCUCCCUGCACUCCAGCCCGUGUUCUGUGGAUGGGAGACCUCUGACCAUCAGCCCGGCGAGCGAGCAACAACAGGAGGACGAUGCCAAUGAGGAUAGUCGAAUCCAAAAUCUUGCAAAGUUUGAUUUUGAUUUCCCAAACCAAGACUUAAUCAACCAGAACCUUCAAAUGCAGGACUCAGAGAGCAGCCAGCGUUGGAAUAACCAAAAUCCUUUCACUGAGAAUCAUCAGUAUCUUUAUGAACUUGAACAUACCCGAGAUGAGGAUUUAAAGAAUCAAGUGGAGUCUAAGAUAAGCUUUCGUGCACAAGAGAUGCAUCCGGUCCGAGGUACUAAAACAGAGUCUGUGCUGCCUAACUGUAAUUUGGCAGAAAACCAGCAACCAGACCAUAGAGAGCAGGUCAGAAGUCAAGAAAAACACAGCAAGCGCACUGGAACCACCCAGAUGCUGAAUCGCGUACAGGUCUUUGCUCUGUACAACCACACAAUGGUUCUGUCAGGAUCGCCAAAACUCUUCUCUUUGAGGGUUCCACUGCAUGUGCAAAGGGAGGCGGGGCUUGUUAGCUCGGUUGACUCCCACUGGCUGGAUCACAUGACCCACCACUUCAGAAGUGGUGCCCGGCUCAUCGAUGCCUACUAUCACCUGGGAGCUGAUGCAGCAUCUUCAUUCACGGUGGAGAGUGUUUUCAUCUUCCAAAGUGCCCCUGGUGAUGUCACGGCAACCGCAGCGUACGAUGCCAUUGUAGUGGAGCAAUGGACUGUGAUUGAUGGUGUCGCUGUGAAGACAGACUACAUUCCUCUACUUCAGUCUUUGGCUCCGUACGGUUGGAGACUGAUGUGUGUGCUUCCCACCCCUGUUGUCAAAACUAAAAGUGAUGGAAGUCUGGCCACAAAACAGAUCCUGUUUCUCCAGAGACCCACACUGCCUCGCAAGAGGAGAGAACUGGCGAAACUGUCCCUCAGAGGUCAAAACAAGAGAAACUCAAAUCGCAAGAAAACUCCGGAGACCGAGAUCGCACCGCUGGCAACGAUCGAGAGAGAAAUGGAAAAGAUGGAGAGAGAACGAACACGUGACACUCCCAAAACGGAAAAAGGACAGAAUUUGUCGAAAAUCCCAAAGAGGAGAGAUCAACCAGCAAAGACGCAGGAAUACCGCAUACAGAUGGAUAACAUCACUUAUGUAAAUAAGGACAGCAUUAAAAUCGCAAAUUCUACCAAUCACCAGGUAAAAAGCAUGAUUUCAUGUGCUAAACUAAAGGAAAGAAGACCAGUCGGAACAGAAAGAGCACUAUUCUCAGGAGUCUGCUGACAGUAUUCAUUUAUGCAUAUUGAACCAUUGCAAUAUGUUCAUGUUUAUUCAGGCAGAACGGCGUCUUUUCAGACCCUCGUCCGCGCGCGUACCUCUGCAGACAGAAUAAUUGUCCCGUAAGAUUGCGAGGAGGUAUUUUGAGUCACUUUUGG